GGGUUCUCAAACCUUCGCAACCAGUCAAAGAAUGUGAUCAUAAUUCUUCUCGUCUGGGGCGUACUUCCAACAAAGAUCAAAAUUUGUAUUUAAUUUCACCUAAUUCUUCCUCUUACAAUAGGAUAAUUGGGAUAAUUAAAUCCGAAAAAGAUUCCG